AUGCAAAAAUUAAGUUUUUCUAAUUUUGCUUCUUUUCCUUUGCUAAAAGGCAAAGGAGAUGGUGGAGAUUAGAGUGGAUCAACGAUCGCUAUAUGAAGUUGUACAAAGCAUUAUUAGCCACGAAGACUUCGAAAUAGAAUUGAAAAAGGUCCAAGACUCAACUGGAUGUCCAUUACUGGACAUUGUUGACCAAUUGAGCCCCGGUGGGAACUCACUCCUUCAUGCAACUGCACGCUCUGGUAGCCAAGACAUAACCAAAUAUCUGGCUCAAAAGUUUCCCCACCUAAUUCUUCGGACAAACUAUGUUGGUGAUACUGCACUUCAUUCCGCUGCUAAAGCUGGAAAGGCAGAGACAACUGAAGUUCUUCUCCGAUUUUGUACUAAUCCCACAUCAAGCUUGACAGACGGUGUUCCCCUACCGAGGAUGAAGAACCUGGAAGGAAACACUGCUCUACACGAGGCUGUGAUCCAGUACAAAUUUGCUGCCAACAAUGAUGAAAGGGAGAGUUACCAUGCUGUGGUAGCAAGGAUGAUUUCUUCAGACCCUGGACUAGCUUACAUUGCUAACAAAGAGGGAAAAUCUCCCCUAUGCUUGGCUGUUGAAACCACCAAUUUGAAGAUUGUUCAGUGUCUGUUGGAAUAUCCUUCGCCUGUAGCUGCAGAUUAUCAACAACUACCCGAAGGAAAGUCUCCAGUGCAUGCUGCCAUUAAGUUGAACUUUAAGAAUAAUGAUAUGUUGAGUGAAAUGCUACACAGAAGACCAAAGUUAAUAGACUCAACAAAUGGGAACGGGCGAAAAGCGCUACAUUGUGCAGCAUCCGUAGGUAACAUGAGAGCAAUUGAGUUCCUGUUACAAAAUUAUCCUCAAGCAAUUAACGCAAGGGACAAUGAGGGUCACCAUGCUCUUCACGUUGCCUGUGAAAGUGGUUAUGUCAAAGCAUUUAAUAAGUUGUUCAGCUCGUGGCCAGAUACAUCAGAAUACCUCAACAACAAAUGCCAAAAUGUUCUUCACAUUGCGGCCAAGAACGGCCAAGACUAUAUGGUGAGGCGCAUAGUCAAAGAUCAAAAACUUGGGCCUAAACUUGUAAAUGCCAAAGACAUUGAGGGAAACACACCCUUGCACUUAGCAGCCAUGCAUGGUCAUUCUCUAGUUGUGGGUACUCUAUUGUUGACUAGGAAAUGCAACUCCCAAAUUUUGAAUCAAGAAGGCUUGACAGCCUAUGAAGUUGCUAAGGAGCGAGCUGGGGACCCAGUGGACUUUGGAAGACAAAGGGGGCAACGAAAUAUGCAAACCAAUGACCAAACAAAUGUGCAGCAUGAAGAUGUCUCUUCAAAGAAUAAAAAACGACCCGAUUCAACUGACUCGAUGAUGGCAUUGUCUAUAUUGUUUUUAUUACACGUAUUCAAAAUCUUAUGUGGUCGUCGUCAGCAACAUCGAAUGAAAAGGUUGCGUCAUGAAAUGAAAAUAAAGAGAGCAAAUAAGGAGGAUAUCAAGGAUAGGAUCAAUGCUCUUCUUGUGGUGGCAGCACUUAUCGCUGGUAUAGCCUUUCAAGCUGCUGUUCAAAUGCCCGAAAGUGGUGAUGAUAAGGGCAAAAGCUCUAAAACCGGCAAUGGGCUCCUAGCCUCAGCCUCAGCCCCAACCACAUCCCCCGCACCCACUUGGUUUAAACGUUUCAUUGCUGAUCAAUUAGAGUUAACAUACUUACAAAUAUUCACCUUUUUCGACUCUUUAUCUAUGAACCUAUCCGUUUUCGCUGCCAUCACCUUAUGUUGGGUCCAACUUGUUGAUGUCAAUUUUUCUGCUUUCUUUGUUUGGCAAGCGUCAAUUUUGGUGGGGGCAUCCCUAUACUCCAUUUGCAUUGCUUUUGGGUUCGCUGUGUUGAUAGGAAUUAAGGAAAAAUUUGGUCCUACUUACGCUAUUGUCAUGAUUGUCGUGGAAGCCUUGUCUAUUCUUGUGCUGACAGUGUUCACAAGUCCGCUAUUCAUCCCUUUUGGACUCAAGUAUCUAUUUGUCCGAGGUCUCUAUGCUGCUUUCUUCAUUGGUUACUUCAUCGUUCAUAGACUCUUGGACUGUUGUUUCUGUCGAGUACGGAAAGCCUAGCAUGGUACUCCAUAUCACUUCCACAAGUUAUAAGUGGAUAUAUAUGUUGUCAAUGUCUAAUGAUUUUUUGUGCAAAACUACAUAUGAGAAUGCAGUAUUGUUGAUAUGGCAGGAACACGUAUGCCUCCUCUUGAAAGAGAUGAAGCAGAAGCUCCACCGCAUGUAUAUACUUUGUUGUUGUGGAAAAGUAGAUGCCUCACUUUCUAUAGGAUUAAUUUUUUUGUUUUAGAGUUCUUGUGAGAUAUUCUUGUGAUUUUUUUUUUUUUUAAAUAGAACAUAUAUAGUUAUUGAAACCUUGGUUCAAUUAAUCUCAUAGAAUGUAGUUGUGCUUAGUGUACUGUUCUUUGAUGGUGUGUUCGUUUUUUUUUUUGCUAUGAGAUGUGUUUAAUUGUUAUGUUGAGUGGUUGUUGAAUUGUUGGGUUUUGAGUUGGUCUUAGUUUGGUUUUCAAAGCAAAUGGUGAUAUUGUUAUAUGAAAUUUUAUUAUAUUUGUGAGUAGCACUGUCAUUGAUUAGGCUAUAUUUUUGGCCACUCAUUUCAGUUCUUGGGCAAAAACCUAAACUAUCAAUGCAUCAAUGGGAUUACCCAGCUAAAAAUGCAAAGAGCACUUAAUUACCACAUAAAGCAUUGAACAGUAA